AGAGUGUCUUUGCAAUAUCAUGAGUUCAAAAUUUGUCCUGAAUGUUUUCGAAAAGACGUCGAUAUAGCUGUGCCGUUGUUUAUUUGAUAUACUUCCAUUUGGUAGUUUCGUUAAUAUGCCCUCAGAUUUUCUAAUUCCUUCAUCUUUGUAAACACUUCCUUAUAUACUUGCUUUACUCUUUGGUAAACACGUGGUAAGCACUACAGAAAACGUGAAAUAUUCAAAUUUCUGAAGUAUAUUAUUGGAACGCAUCUUAAUAUUUGACGUUUUCAUUUUUAAGUUUGGCAACAUAAUUUCGCAAUUUCUAAAAGAAAGUUUAGAUCGAUGGUGUAGCGAGGGUUUUUGCGAUUUAACAUAAUUCGUGAUAAAAGCACAGUGUCCGACUGCAACGCAGUUAUUCUUCUUUGCUUACGAGUGAUUUACUAAAAACUCAAAAUGGGCAAUGAAAACUCAAUUCCCAUGGAGCUCUGUUCCAACUCGCGUGUUAACUGCAUUGAUUUUAAGGUGGAGAACUUCGACGCCGAUGAGAUCCGGCGGCUGGGCAAGCGUUUCCGCAAGCUGGACUUGGACAACUCGGGCGCCUUGUCUAUCGACGAGUUCAUGUCGCUGCCGGAGCUGCAGCAGAACCCGCUGGUGCAGCGCGUUAUUGACAUCUUCGACGCUGACGGCAAUGGAGAGGUGGACUUCAAGGAGUUCAUCCAAGGCGUGUCGCAGUUCAGCGUGAAGGGCGACAAGCUGUCUAAGCUGCGCUUCGCUUUCCGCAUCUACGACAUGGACAAUGACGGGUUCAUCUCCAACGGAGAGCUCUUCCAGGUCCUCAAGAUGAUGGUGGGCAACAACUUGAAAGACACGCAGCUGCAACAGAUCGUCGACAAGACGAUCCUCUUCGCAGACCGCGACGAGGAUGGCAAGAUAUCGUUCGACGAGUUCUGCUCCGUGGUUGGCAACACUGACAUUCACAAAAAGAUGGUCGUCGACGUGUAAGGCGCUGCGGCCGGCUCCGUGUUGCUUCGCGUCUUCUUUGAGUUUGACACGGGGCCUCUUGGUCGCUAGCCACAUUGGAUUUGAGAGUUCUAUCUUAAAUAAUAUAUCUUAAAGAACGGUUUUCCAAUACAAAAAUCAAGGCUUAAGUUGCGUCCAGAUCUGGCGAACGUGCAGCGAUUUUUCGUCUGUGAAAGACCCGACUGCUCGUGUGCAUUACUUAGUACGAUGUAUAAUCGUCGACACAGUUGAUUGAUUGUUAGUAACCCUUUUUGCAACGAGAUAAGGGCCACUAAUGCUUAGUUUGUGUUGUUGAUGGAACGGCGUGCAUAUAGUGUGCAAGCAUUACGCGAAUGAUGCUAGUGGCGUACUCGUCAAUUUGGUCGGAACUUGCGAUAUUCAAAGAACAAAAAGCGCAAAUAUAAAUUCAAAAUCUUUACUUAUCGUAACGUUUAAAUUUAUCUCUGUGCUUUGUACUAUAGAAUCUACAAUACUGUCUAGUAGAACUCUCAAAAUCCAGUGUGGUGGGUCGCAGCGUCCCGUCGUAGCUAGAACACUAUUCAAUUGCGUCGGUCCGGGCUUUGGCGUACGAUCAAAUCUAUAUCGAGAUAUCAAAUUGCCGGUAUAUGCAGUUCUCGGCUACGCUUUUUGAACAAAAUUAAGUAUGGCAGUCAAAAAGCACACUAAUUUAAUAAAAUUGUUGGAUGUGUACAUUCAGUUUUAGACGUUAAGGCUUUGCGGUCAACAGAAGCAUGAAGCACUUUGCCGAUAUACGUAAAACAUAAACUAAACAUAAACUUGUAGUAAUAUGUUACUGUUCAAAGUUAAAACUCAUACUCAAGUAGUAAUAUAUUACUGUUCAAAGUUAAGGGUUUGAGUAAAUAAUUUAAACGUUGGGUAUACGAAACGUUAGGGUUACACGGGAAACCUUAAGGUUGACCCGUGUACCCGUAGUCCAGUUGUAAUAUGGAUUAGAUACGACACAUAUGUCGGGAACUGCCUUCAGCCCGCAACCGACGCUCCUAUCAUUAAAUCAUUAUCGUAACUCUUCCUAGCUUAAGUAAAACAUACAUUUUAAUAGUUAUACGACGUCAUUAGAACUUUUAUCAUAGUCGAAACGUGAGUAGAUUUUUAUUUUAUAAUUUUGUUGCGGUAUAUUUUAGUCGGUAUUGUUAUUUAGUAUUUUAUUUCUGCAGUAGGUGUCGGUCGAGUCGCGCGGGCCGCCAAUAGGGCGGCUCGUUACAAACUAUAGUCAGGUGUUAGCGUAGCGAGCGGGGCGGCCGCGAUGGUAGCCCAUACAAUAUUACCUGACGAUAUAUACGCUUAAUAUAAACAACGGGUGAUAUAAUGUGUCGUUUUCAAGUAAAAAGUCCUAUAGUCAUAGAGUAACGUAAGUCUUGAUUUUCGAUAGUUAUAUCUUUCUUAUGUAUAGGUAAACGAAGCUAUCAGUUAAACGGUAGGUGUUAGUUUCAUGUAUAUAAUCAAUACAUAACUUUCUAAAAUCAAUUAUUAUGUAACUCCGGCUAUAAAUUGUCGGUCGUCAAUAGUAUCCCUUACAGGCAUAAUGAACAUACUAUUAACCCAUAUUGAUACCCGACAAUAUUAUCUUUUCCUUGAAAUAGUCACAAAUACGCCUUAUAAAAACCUUGUAUUUUCAGAGUUUCGGUGUUGUCUUGUAGCCUUUAUAUAAUUAUAUUAUAUAAACGCCUUGUAAUAUUGAAUGGGAAUUAAUCUGUGUACACGGGUAGACGGUUUAAUAAGACAGUUAGCUGCACGAUAACAGCAUAUAAUCUUCUCGACACGAUAUUUGUUAUAGAGUAGUAGGUGUACCCGUGUACCCGCCGGGUGGGUACCGGGGGUUUUUAGAAAAAUAUGCACCAUUAACUUUUUUCGAAUUACUAACUUUUGGGUUAUUUCGAUUCAGAAUGACGAGGACUAUUGAGUAAAAAAAAAGUGACAAGUGUUUCAUACAAAAUGUAGGUGUCAGUUUUGGGACGGUCCAUAAAAAAAGUAUGUUAAAAUGCGUCACAAGACUCAAUUUUUUUCAUUUUUAAGUCGAUUCCCUUUGUGAUUCUGAAUAGAAAUAGCCCAAAAGUAUAAAGUUAAAAAAGUAAAUAGUACACUUUUUUCCUAAAAUGUCCACCCGUAUCGCGGCCGUCCGCUCAGUAUUUACUUCUACUAUACUGAUCUUAUCGCCUUAUCCGAAUUUUAUACAAUUAACUAUAACUUUUUAAUGUUAGCUUGUUCUAGUGUCCUUUACUACUGUAAUAUAAGGAUGCGGUCGUUUGUAUGUUUGUGUGUACGCCUCUCACCCAUCCUUCCCUCUUCCCUCUCACUACCACACUAACAUUCAUCGAUAUGGUCCCAUCCGACUUAAAAAGGAAUAAGUAAUCUAUCGAUAAAUGCAAGUGUAUUGCUAGUAUUCCCAAAAUAGGGUAAUUUUUAACCUAUAAGGUAUUUUACUAAAAUCGCCGAAUAUCAAUAAAAUAAAUUCACCCCAACUUAGCUUGCUUCUUAUCGGUACUACGAAGUCACUCGUUUGCUUUUCAAUAUUUUUGGUGAAUCGAAGAAAAGGGAACAAUAAUUUUCCCUUUAAUUUUUCUUUAUAUCUAUUCAAGUUUCUUGCUUUUACUACUUAAAUUGUACCGUCCUGCAGAGUUGGCCGAAACGUUAAUGCAAUUAACCAAUAACCAUUACAAAUUGAACCGUAAACUGUAACCGUCCAUUACGGUUUACGGUUCAAUAUGUAUUGGUUCGGUCAAUUGCAAUUAACGUUGGGCCAACAAUGCCCUCCUGUAAUAUCACAGUUUAAAUUAUUUUCUAGUUGAAUUAUAUUCUCUUGUAAUAACAGUGUUCAUUCGGGUUUGGCUCUAAGCACAGGUCUCGCUGGCAAGCGGUCCGGCGAUGGACAACGUUUUUUACUUUCUCUAUUGGUGGAUUGGCCAAGUCGGGGAGAACACAUAAAAUAUAUAAAAAAUAAAAUAAAAUGGGUGAUAGCGAUUUGCCAUUGGGGUCCUUGGAGGAUUUAACAAAUGGAGACGCCUUGUCUGUAAUUUUCUGGACAAAACAGUCUGCCGAUUUUUUCGGGGGAGAGGCGUACAAACGGUCAGUGAUCAGUCCAUACAAUACAUAUGACCAUUGGCCGAGAUUUGAGGGGUAAGCUCUUAAAGGCGACUCCAGCUGUUAAAUCUUCCAAGUUGGCCUCAGUUAAUCCGGGAAAAUAAUAGAGGAUCGGACGGGUCAAUGUGAUUGAACUAUAAAUGGCGUCAUGUUGGUCGUCAAUCAAAAUGCUUCAUUUAUUUCAUUUUAGAACGACAAAAUGUUAGAAUUUGCAGUUAUAAAUAACUUUGGUUUAUACCAGUGUUGGUAAAACGUUAAUUAGAAUUGAGCAUUAACCAUUACAAAUUGAACCGUACACUGUAACCGUCCGUUACCAUUUACGGUUAAUGGUCAAUCCUAAUUAACGUUCGGCCAACACUGGUUUAUACUGUAUGUUUUAUCGUGUUUUUAAGGGUUAAUGUAUAAUUCAUUCCGAAAACAGUCCUAUUCCCUAUUAUUCACACAGAAACCAUCUCAAUAAUCCUCUAUCCCCUCCCCGUCCGUCCUCACCCUCUCCUCUUCCGCAGGUCCUGACCUCUCUGAGGCGCCCCGGCGUGUAAUGACGUCACACUAUCACUGUAUUUCGUCCAGUUAAGAUAUUUUCCGACCGUUUCCGACAUCGUCGACGAGCUCCAUUUAUCGGUGAGGGUUUAUUGUAUUUGUUAGCCUUGCUUUUAUAUCCUAAACACUAAAAUUACAGGACGAUUGCUCCAAUUUGUCAUUUACUUAGUACGGCGGUAAAGUACAAAAUCAGGAUGGGGUAGGCUCGUACAACGCUAAGUUUUCAUUCCAAGAAAUAUGUCAAGUAUGGCGCUUCUUUAUAACCUCAUAAACCCCAUUAAUAGUACUAAUUACUUCAAUGUUGUUUAAACACUUUUCAGUUAGAAUAGAUUUGCAUUUCUUUUGUUUCUUCCGAUUCACUGUUGAUUUCAAAUUGCACUGGCGGUUUUUGUACGGUGAACCUUAUUAGAGUUAUUAGGGUGCCAGUCAAUGUAAACUUAGCGUGGUCCGAGUCUAGUAAAUCGGCCAAUUGAACUGUUAUUUUAAUUACUAUGAUAUAAAAACAGGGUUUAUGCCUUAGGUCUACGGCUGACGUGCAGCGUCACGUUAUAUAACAGUAUUUCUAAGGACGUGACGUUUCAAGUAACGUAGAUCAACCAUAGACUUGAGGCUUAGACGUGCGAGCGGCUCGAGUGAUUUUUACCAAGUGUACAAAUGAGUGCCAUUCACAUGGCGUCAUCAACGCGUUGGGCGUCCGCUGUAUGACACGUCAAUCGUUCUACCGCUUACAUUUUCAGAGACUAUAGCGGUUUAUUAUAGGUCAAGUACCAGAACGAAUGGAAAACGAUAUGUGUACUUAAAGCCGGCUACUUGCACGUCUGCUGCAGGGGCAAUACCGCUUGCACGUCUGAGCAAUUUCGGCUGUUCUCUACACAAACCUACAUACAACCUAGCGAGCGAAGGUCUUGCUUGCCUUUAGACAUCACAAUUAAGGAAGCAAUUAAAGGUCCAAUUCCAAUAUUGCCCCUGCGGCAUGUGUGUGAGUAGCCGGCUUUACUGUACGGAUACAUGUACCUACUAAUGAAACGAAAGGUAGAAUUUGAUCAUCCCUUCAUCUGCUUUCCAUUUAGAUGUACUGUCCUGUAUUUGUUCUCGACGCGUUCGGUGUAACAGUACGUAUAAUAAUCCCUUGUAGACGAACUUAACGGGUACUCAGAAAGCCCACUGUAUGCGUAACAUGAUAAUAAGAAAUGGUGAACGAUUGUAGAGCAUAUAUCCUAAGCGCCACUUGCACCAUCCCACUAACCCGGGGUUGACCGGUUAUACCAUUAACCCAGUGUCAACUUGUUCUGGUAACCAAGUAAACUCCAGGUUUAAUCCCUAAGGGGCUAAUUCGCCAACAUUGACCAUCUGACCACUGACAUCAAAAUUAAAGUGAUUUGUUAUGAUUUAGUUAGUUGAAACCGUUUUCUCCUGAAAUGGAAAUUUCAUCAAAAAUGUACGUACGUUGGGUUGGGGAUUGGAAAGCUAAUCUUCCCUCUCAAUUUUUUUUUUUUUAUUCGUAUUCUGAUUUUGCUAUAGGUACAAAGUACUACGUUGGUGGUAAUAUGGGAGGUCCAGGUUUUUAACAUAGCAUGGAAUUAUCUUUAAGCUUUGUGUCAUACGGCGGGCGCUCGGACGCACCGCGAAUCUUCAUCUCUAGUCACAGCUGUUGUGCAUAUACUAUACUAAAUAUAUAAAAUCAUGUUAUCCAUCGUAAGUAGCGUCUUCGGCGCGUCAAUAGCAUUAAUCUAAAUAAAUUUCUUAUCAUAUAAGUAUCGUUCACAGUUUUAAACAAAUGAAAUGUAGCAAUAUACGAUUUUAAAGCCUUAUUAAGACGGCGGUGGCUCGCCAGAGGACUUGCGAGUGUCAGGCCAGCUGAUCGUGGUAGUAGAAAGUAGCUGAAGGUAUUACACCCAUGCAUAAGCUUAGCGCUGGCUCGCAAUGAUGUCUAUUCCAAUGUCUACAGUUGGCUGAACAUCAGUAAACUUUAUUGCAACGCGAUGAGGUCUACAAAUGGUCAAUAGGUGAGUCCACGGAGAACUAGCCGCCUCGCGAGGAAAUUGCCGCGCGAAGCAGCUCGGUCUGUGUAGACGUGCCCCGGCCGCAUUGCUUCGAACGAGGCGCGUUUUCACCGAUUGAGCUGCUUCGCGCGGCAAUUUCCUUGCGAGGCAGCUAGCUCUGUGUGGACGCGCCUAUAAAUUUAGGAGUGUGUAGAGUCCGCCUAAGCUAACUACACCAACCUGAAUAGAAAAAAGUGGGGAGUGUCAUUACUCAUUAUAAGCGUCAUAUUUUCAUAGAAAUUUGACAUUCCCACACUUGGUCAUUGCAAAUGCCAUGCAGUUAUCUAAGUCAUAGGGCCUACCGCGAACACUGAUGUUUGCAAAUUGCGGGCAUAUUUCUUUCUCACGCAAAUUUCGCCUUAGAUGGAGUAAAAGAGAAAGAUGCCCUCAAUAUGCCUGAUCGGUGUUCGCGGUAGGUUCUCCUGACUAACUUGCUUUCUACCGUCUACCGCCACGAUCAACUCGCUGGAGUGGGGCGGCCGCCGCCGGGACGUGUUCUGUACUUACCGCGCCGUGUCGUCAGUCGGUACCAUGUCGUGUCCUUACUCUACUUUCGAGUGGAACUGAAUUUAGUUUUUAUUAAAUUUUCAAAUUUC